AACCUGACAACACAGUAAACGUCAGUUGACUUCGUCUAAUAAAAAAUCCGACUAUAGGUGAUGCGAACAACAAAUGAUUAACAUAGCAAAACUACAAGCUGGCAAUGCUUCGAAGCUCGCUUUCGGCUGACUUCAGUCGUACAGUACAAUACAGUCGGGCUGCGACCAUCAUGGAUCGCAGUUGAACGGUCGCGGGUUGCGUGUGGCAUCUCUUGUAUCGUAAAAUAAUUUCAAGAUAUUAGUUUUUAAUAAUUUAAUUAAUGGACUUAGGGUUAAAUUUGUGUUUCUAAUAAUUAAAUUAUAUUCUUGAAAAUCACUAAAACGGAUGUGAGAGAGUGUUGUCGUAUCGAACUGUCGCUUAACAAAAAAUCGAUUUUCGGAUUCAAUAUGAAGAGUCUUAUACUAUUUCUUUUGACUGUGUGUUUUUUGGCGGGAGCCAAUGCUGCCGAUACGGAAAUUUCGUGUACAAAUGUGAAAAAUAUGUUUGAAAAGAAAGGGAUGUCCGCGAUGGUAGAUAUUCAACCGCAGCCAAACUCAGAUGCAGAUCAGCUCUGCUUGAACCAUGGCUGUUGCGGGCCUAAUUCAAGGCAGAGGCUAACGCAACAGGCCCGGUCGCAGCUUGAGGCGGCGCUGCGCAGUGAACUCAGCAAGCUGUCUGACAUGCUGUUGAACAGAGCCAACAAGUUCGAUGAAUUCUUCAGGAAGCUGCUCAAGCUGUCGCGAGAAGAGUUCCACGCGAUGUUCAAGAGAACCUACGGAAUGAUUUACGAACAGCAUUCCUACGUCUUUGAACAGUUAUUCGAACAACUCGAAAGGUACUACAGCCGAGGCGACACAAACUUUGACGCAAUGAUGGAUAGCUUCUUCGGAAUUCUGUACAAGAAGAUGUUCACGGUACUUAAUUCGCAGUACACGUUCGAUGAAAAAUACCUAAAAUGCGUGAACGAACAUAUGCGUGAGAUCCAGCCCUUCGAGGAUGUUCCCAAGAAGCUAUCAGUUCAACUCCGAAGGGCGGUGGUCGCCACCCGCACCUUCCACAAAGCGCUCCGAGCCGGCGCUGAUGUAGUACGCGACAUGACUCAGGCCGGUUUGACCCCGGAAUGCGCAACAGCUUGGACUAGGCUGAGGUACUGCGGUGCGUGCGGCGGACUCCAGGUCCCAGCCUGCUCCCGGUACUGUCAUAACGUCAUCCGUGGAUGUCUGCCAGCUCACGCUGAUCUGGGCGAACAAUGGGAUGCAUAUGUCGACGCCGUAGACAAAGUAGCCGACCGACUUCUCGGCCCGUUCAACAUAGCUAUGGUGGUCGAACCGAUCGACAUCAAGAUAUCCGAAGCCAUCAUGAGUUUCCAAGAGCACAAUCGCGAAAUAUCACAGCGGAUAUUCACCGGUUGCGGAAAACCUGUCCUGGGAGGCGGAGGUGGCGCCGGACCGUUCUUCGCUUCUGAUCGAACGAGGAGGUCACCUCGGGCGAUACCAGACUUUGACUGGAACCAGAAAGCGAACGACGUUGAUGACUUCGAGGUGGAAACUACCUUUGAAAGCUUGAUCAACGAUGAUCCACAGUUAGUUGGACUCAGGACUCCCGAGGGAAUCAAGAAGGCCACAGCGGAAAUGGCAGAACAGGCCAAACUUCGGGAUAGGUUCCUGCAGUACAUGAGAGGGAAUAUCGGUCUCGAAGAGUAUGAAGAGCACGAGAGGAAGAAACGUGACGCCGACCCCGACCCGGCGCCCGCGGGCGGUCUGGACAUUGAUUUCAGAAAUUACGAUUUCGAUAAGAAAUCGAAAAAGAAGAAACCUGCCGCCAAAUCCGAAGACAGUCACGGGUCAGACUGGGGCGGCCCGGCCCUAGAGCGGCUGGUCCGGGAGACGCGCACGCGAGUCCGCAACACGCGCCGCUACUGGCACCACCUGCCCGCGCUCAUGUGCUCCUCCACCAGCACGCCCAGCGCGCCCUGCUUCAACGGCUCCGCGGUCGCCAGUUACACCCUCAUCGCCGCCGGAGACGGCACUAUCGGCCUCGCUUCUAACCCUGAAGUCAAGGGCAAGGUCAGUCCCACCGCCGAGACGGUCGUGGCCGCAGAGAUCGAGACCUUGAAGACCCUGACGGCGAGACUCAAGGAUGCCUUCAACGGCGUCGAAGUUCAGUGGACCGAUGCUGAGGAUAGAGAAAUGCAACCGGCCAGUUCAUCAGCGCAGGAGUACAUCGACGGCGCGGAGUCGGGUUCCGGGUCGGGCGACUUCGGCAAUGACGACGACCUGACCGACGACGAUGAUGAAGGCGAAGAUGAUUACGAGAGAGGUUCCGGCGAUUCAGCUGAAGAGGAAACGGUUGAGCCACCCACGGACGUGGAGCCGCCCAUGAAUCCGCCGCCGCCGCCGCCGCCGUCCACCACCACCACCAUCGAGCCGUACAUACCCGUCAUUGUAGACUCGCCUGCCACCAACAACGUGUUCGUCAGGCCCCGUCUCGACGACACACCAAGAGCCAGCGACAUAGACAUCCCGCCCGAUACGAGCAGCGACAGAACCGAGGUUCAAGACACGUCGGCCAGGGAGCAGCCGAUCACCGACGCGGCCGACCGACCGUCGCUACAGAAAGCCCUCUUCACUUACGCUCUGCCCGUAGUGUGCGCGUGGUUCGGUACAAUAAUAACCGAUUUGUUCUAGAAGGUUCGAAGAUUCGAAACAGGAGCGGCGGUAUUCGAAAUUCAAAAAAUAAGUGACAGUCGCGGUCGUAAUCGUUCGAAAUACAAAUGCAAAUCGCGUUCACUAUUCGAAUACGGAUUGACAGUUUUUGUGGAACAUGGCGGCGGCACGACCGCGCGCUUGGUGUCUGUAGCCUAGUCAGUGCGACGGCCUGGGGAGUGUAAGUACUGUGAUAAAAGUGUGGAGUGUUCCGUGAACUAAUGAACUAUCACUGUGACCGUUCAAAACGCGCCGAAGCAUACAACCAAUACAUAUUUAUUUUGAUUCGCUGACUCAAUUCAAUUAUGGAAUAAGUCGAAAAUGACAAUGGGUGAACAUGGAAAUGUAUAUAUAUACGAAAACGAAACAUUAUAUUUUUAAAGUGCAGUCAGCAUGCUUGUAAAAUCAUUUAGUACUUCUAUACAAAUUGUUCAGUUAUUGACUUAUGACACUAUUGGAAUAUGUCAGCUUGGUAUGAUUUCUUUCUAGAGUAUAUUAGCAUCAAUUUACAUACUUAAAAUAUUAGCAAGAGUUGAUGGAUUACUACAUAGGUACUUAAAAUCAUAGCAAAAAGGGGAUAAGAUUAUCUCUUUCGUAACUUUCUAAAGAAAUGCAAGUUCUAUUUGAAUUACUUUUUCAGUCUGGUAUAUUUUUAAUUUUUGGAUGUAAAUCAAAAUGAAUUAUGUAGCUGAUGGAUGAACUUUUGUUUUUAUUUUACUUUUUUUCUUUUUUGUCUAUGAAACUGUUUGGUAUAUCAUUUUUAAUUUUAUAUCCUAUGAGAGUGCCGAGUGUCAUUGUACAAUGUAAAUAGUUCACUCGAUGUUUAAUAAUGAAAUAUUUAAUAAUUUAUGAAGAAUAUAAUGCAGAACUUUAAAAUAUCAUGCAUCAUAUAUUUAUAAAGUUUGAUAUCGAACAAAAAUUUUGUUUUCUUGAAGUCAAAUUUUAAAAUGAAACUUUUGUUUUUUGACAGUCUCUUAUUUAACUUUUUUGGGAAUAUACGACGAAAGGGAAAGAUCUUUGGGGAAGGCUUAACGACAAAGGGAAGAUCUUCCACCGAGCGGGUGAUAUUUGCUCGGUAGACCAACGGUCCGAAUGUUGUUGUUUGGAACUUGUAUAUAUGCGCUUUAUCUUGAAAAUAUCGUAAGCGAGAUUCAGGCAUCUGUCAAUUAUCUUGCGUUGUAUGAUGGCUACCCGCCACACUUUGAUGCAUUUUUCAUUAUUAUUAUCAUCGCAUUUAACAAAAUUCUAAAGACUUAAUUUAAUGGGCUCGUCAAGAACAUGUAUAUAAAACAUAGUCAUGUAACUUUAAGCUAAGUUAAGACUGAUUUGCUUCUUUUUUAUAAAUUAAUAAAAUCAAUUUCAUUAUUCUAUCGUUCAAUUUAAAGUUUGUAUCUACGGAUUUAUGUUUAGAGUCGACCUGCAGUCAUCUAACAAAUGUUUUGUUCAGCAGUCUCAGAUCAUAGACCACUGCUGCAAUAUAAGAAUAAAAAACACAUUCAAAACAUUACCUUGUAAUCCGAUGUAUCAAAGUUUGGUUAGCGGAUACAAUGCGAUAUGUGAUCCACAAUUGAAAAAUGGUAAACAAUGAACGAUUUCACAUUGAAACUAAGACAAUAAGACGAUAUUUGUCUAAAUUGUGACGCGAGCUAUAGAUUCAAAACUUAUUCAAACACGCAUUAGUAAUGAUUAACCGUAAUAAUUUUGUCGGAUCAUAGUUAUUAUAUCAUUGACAAGACAGAAUUUACUUUUAUAAAGAUUGCGGUGUUGUUUUUAACUUUCUAUUGAUAUCUCGACUACCGACUACCAAAUUGUUUAUAGGAGUUACUUCAGAAAAAAGAUCCGAAAUUUUUAAACUAAUGUCCAUAAAUUUGUGUUCGGGAGCCAUAGCACUCGGAUCAAAUAAACGUGGAGGACGUGAACAAAUUCAAAAUUUAAAUUUAUUUAAGAAACCUUGUUUUACUCUGAGACUGAGCGUUUUAGCAGUGCGUUUACAGUUAUAAUAAAAAUCACUAAAUGUAAAAUUUAUACCUGUCAAACUAGCCAAUCGACAAAUGUAAAAUUAUGUCAACAGUCAAACUGAAAACAAUUAAGCAAAGAAAUAGAUUCCAAACUAUCCACAGGCAGCUUUAAUUUACUUUUCUGGUUUAAACUUUACAUAACUUGUUGUUGAACGGUACAAAAAUGAAGAACGUACUUUCUGUAUUUGAUUUUUAAAUUAUGAUUUUGUUAAUUCAGUGUAUAAUACGGCUUCAGCUAAGUAAGUAAAUUUUUUUCAAUGCUUCAUUUCGCGAUCAAUGUAAAAUAUAAAGGCAACUUGUUAAAUAAGCCCGACAAUGAUGCUUUGAAAAUUAUUUUAAUUUUAUACAUAGUUUUAUAUAUGAAUAUGAAUAUACUAAAUAUACGUAAUUUCUGUGUGUAGUAGGUAGUUAGAAAAAAAUUGACAUAAAGUAUAACGCCUAGAUUUUGUACAGAUAUUUGUUUGUUUAGUGUUUUAUACCUUGCUAAUAUCAUAAAUGUAACGCACAACUACAUUCGUUUGAAUGAUUAUAUCUCUCUAGACCACUGAUAUUAUCUAUUGAAAUAAAUAAAAAUAAUUGUCAAACAAUAAAGUAUUAUAGAAAUGUCGAACAAUAAUUAAAUGUUUACAAUAAAUUAAAAUUUGUUUGACAACUAAGCUCAUGCUUAUACCGUUCCGUUGCACGAUAAACUGUUCACGACAAUAAAGUUUCAUUUUACUGCGAGAAUGUUGCGAGUACCGGGACCAAUGCCUGUGAGUAGACACUAUGUGCCAUCUAUUUAAUUAUUAAUUUAAUAGUCAAAUUGUAUCUUUUUAAUUGAGAAACGCAGGAACGGUCCUAUAUAGUUAAUAAAUACUUGACUAUUUUCAUUUUGUAGCCCGUAACCUUGACAACUUUUUUUUUCUUGUGGUGGUUUUGUCAAUCGUUGACCAAUUUUUAACAAUCUAACAUAAUUUAACAGGCAAAAUAGAUAUUGUAAAGAAUAUGUUUAGAAUUCACGAUUACUUCAGAGUGGCAAAAUUAUAUUCCGUGAAGUGUGCUUACGGAUCACUGUAUGAAUAUGUACGUGGUCUUGAAAAUAAAUCGGUUUUGAUUCAUUAAUAACAAGAUGAUAGUUUUUGAUGAUUUUGAGUUUUGUUCCUUGAUGGAUUAGGUAUUGUUUUUUGCCUUAUUUUAUUAAUUAAAAAUAUUCAAAUACUGGAUCAAAAUGUACGAAACACGUACGUUUUACUAUAAAUGAAAGUUAUCUCAAGAUUACAUUGCAUUGUAACUGUCUGCGACCAUUAUAAAUAUUUAUAGAUUUUCUAAUUGUCCCUGUAUAUACGAACAUACAGUCUACCUGAUGCCAAGUGGUUACUGUCGCUAAUGGACGUCAGAAAUGUCAAUAUAUACUUUUAACUUAUUAAUAAAAUAAAUAUAACAUGCUACGUUUUGUAAUGGUCUCUGUCUUUUAAAAGCCUUAAGCGAAAUAAUUAUUUCUAAAAGUGAUAAUUAUUGGCAGCUUAAUCAACAAUAUUGUUUCAUGAUAAUAUUCGCUUGGUGAAAUUUUUGUAUUAAAAUUUUAAAUCAAUUUAUCCAUUCAUGAUGCUACAGGCAGCUUAAAAUUAAAAACAAACAAUAUCUUUUUGGCAUACAAAUAGUGUUUAUACCAUGAUGGUAAAAACGAACUAAGAUAUAAUAACAUAAAGUACAUAGUUUUUUCUACAUUUGUGUUAUUGAUAAUAUUACGGAUAUUGAAGAUUAUUUUACCAUAGAUUAUCUCUAAUGAAUGAAUAUGACAACUGUAUCAAUUUAUCAUGACAUUAUCUCUCGAUUAAAUGUUGUUAAAAAUUGAAAUGUUGCUAGGAAAUCGUAGUUUUUAUAUCGUAUUAUGUGGUGUACUAUGUAACAGGGUAACCGAAUAGAAACUGUUGAAAACGUAUUGCAAAAUAAAAUGUUCAUGAACACGCGUUGAUUUAACAUAAAAUUUAGAUUUAUAAUCGAUAAGCUCUCAAAGCUAUUUUUAACCUUUUGACUGUGACUGACGUAAUUAGGUCGAUUUCUAUUACUAAGGCGCCGAAUUAUCUGUCUCUGAGAAAUAUUAAUCCGAAGAUACUAAGAACGAAUCAAUGUCUAACAGACUUAAACGACUAAAAUAUGUAUUAACAAACAAAAAAAAGCAAAGUUAAGCAAUCCAGGCGCUUAGUAACAGAAAUCGACCUUACUACCGCGUACGGCACCGGCGACCUGCAUGGCAGUCAAUGUGUUAAUAUAACUGUCUCUGUGUAGUCUCUAUGAUUUAAUUUUUUUUAUCGAUCCAUUAUUUUAUCGUCCACACAUCGAUAGUAUAAUAGUCGAUAAUCGUAAUAGUCGUUGCAUGUAUGAAUUAGAAAUGAUAUUACUAUCGAUUAAAAUAACAUAAUAUAGAGUUUUGUAUUUAAUCAGAUUCAAUUAAUCGACGGUCACGCGUUAUGUGAGAAAAAUCUAGUCGCGUUCAGUCUAAAUUAAAAUUUCAUAUGAAAUAGCAUAAUAACGUGUUUUUCUCAUGGACGUUGUGACUGUGAAUACUUAAAUACAUUUGUUUGUAAGCGCUUUCACUGUUCAUUGUGUCCAUCAUUUUUCAUAGAAAAACUUGUAAUGUAAUUGGCAGGUUUGAAUGUGUUUUAGCGCUUAUUAACAAAUCGAAAAUGAUAUUGAAUACCGGGUAUAUAGCUUUCGAAAGGUGAAAUGGAAUUUUUAUACAGACAUAUUAAUUAUUGUUAAGGUAUUGAAAUCAUGUAAAUAAUUAAAAAAGAUAACGUGUAA